AUGUCGACAGCGAUCGAUAUCAUCCGGCACAAUUACGAGGACAUGGAUCGAGACCUACUCGACCUCAUGACGAGCUACUUUCACGAUGGACACGAAGUAGCUUCCCGUUCUGACUUGAAGCAUAGGAGGGACGAACAUGAAGCCAUGCUAGCCGCAGCUGAGAGGAUCAGACAGGAGUUGGCCGCCCAGCAAGCGGUUGUGGAAAGAACGUGA